AUGAAAUAUUUCAUUAAAGACAGCCUGUGCUUCUCUUUGACAACUAACACUUCCUACAGAGGCUUCAGGAGAUCAUUUAUCAUGGUUCAACCAGCAUUUAGAAAUUGUCUUUUAGCACUGGCAGCUUUGUCUGUAUUUGGAUCUGCUGUUUUAGCUCACGGUAAUCAUAAGAACCAUGGCGCCGAUUCCCUUGAUAUCCAUUCUCAUGAAUACAGUCAUAAAAGCACACAUUCUCAUUCUCAUGACCAUUUAAACAUAAAUAGCUGGAUAUUUACCAUGUUCGUUCAAUUUCUAGAGAGCAGCCUUUUCAAGUUUUCAGCUCGUUACAAUGCCAUCAUUGCGACAUCAUUUAUCCAGAUCUUACCAUGUCUGCUGGUGUUAUUGAUUCCUGGAUUUAGAACAGGGAACAGUGAAUCAAACAGUGUGAUGUUGGAAUUAUUGCCACCCUUUGCUCUUGGAACCUUAUUCGGUGACAUUUCGUUGCACCUACUUCCUGAAAUAUUUGAACAUUCUCAUAAACCUCAACAGACAACGUAUUCCAUCUUUGCAGGUUUCUUAUUAUUCUUGACCCUCGAAAAGAUGCUAUCAAUAUUGUCAACCGAUGAAAAUGGAAACCAUCAUUCUCAUGGCCAUUCACAUUCUCAUAGUCACUCAACCACUAACGAAAAGAACGAUCCUGUAAACCAACCAAAAAUAUCAGCGUAUCUAAACGUGAUUGCUGGUCUGAUCCAUAACAUUACAGAUGGCUUAGCACUCUCUACUUCAUUCUAUAACUCCAAACAUACGGGUUUAAUAACAACGCUUGCAAUCACCUUCCAUGAAAUCCCUCAUGAAAUAAGUGAUUUUGCUAUCCUUUUAUCCAAUGGUUUUAGUUUCUCACAAGCUUUGAAAUCGCAAAUUAUUACUGCUAUGGGAGCGCUUAUUGGGGCUAUGAUUGGUUGCAUCCUGAAUGAAUGGUCUGUCGAAUUCAAUUUUGGUAUCGAUGAUUCUAUGUUACCUAUAAUGACGGGUGGAUUUAUUUAUAUGGCAACGAUGGGGUUGAUCCCAACUAUAUUGAAUCAAGGAGAUGAAAAGAAACAAUUAAGCAGCAAGACAUCACAACUAGGUAAAUGGAUCGUUAGUUUACUUUGUACCGUCUCCGGAUUUGCUUUGAUGUUGACCUUAGCAUGA